ACAUGCCAUAGAAGGAUGUAUCGAAAAGAAAUGGAUGACGCGUUGCGGAAUGGUCCCCCUUUGGAGCAGUGGUUCUCAUUACGCUCGCUUAAUGAUAAGGAGGAAAAACGAUCCUGUACAUUGGGCAGUGGUGCUCUUCGUUUUAUUCGCACGCGAAAUAGCAUCAGACGCGAAUUGAAACGACACUGCAAUCGGACAAAAACAGUUGAAAAUAGUGAACCAAAUGAGGGUAACACUAGUAGUAGUGGAGGCGUAGGAGGUUUUGGAAAAUGGUUACGAGAUCAUUUAAGUGGUGGUUUGAAAGGAAGUCAUGAUAUUAAUACAAGUAAUUCAUCAAAAUCAAAUGGAACAGUGAAAAUUCCGGGCAAUGAAAAGAAUGUUGCGAAACAAACAUAUACUUCGCAAAAUUUAUAUUGUAGCCUGCCUAGGGAACAUGGUAGACACUAUCAUAAUGGCACUCGCAAGUCGGUCAACGUUUCUCCGAAGUCACAGGUCUACGAUCGACCACGUACAAACACUGCAAGUCUUCUUCACGAGAAGUCAUUCUCCAGUGACCUUGGCAAUCUUAUGAGGGGAGGACCCGUCUACGGAAGCGAGGGAAAAAGUGUUAGAAAGCGCAACAAGGAUCGUCGAAGGCACUCCAUGAACGAUGCUGAACAGAGUCGUCAACGUCGCAAAAGGUGCAUCACGGAUGGGGGGGACGUUUGUUACACGAUGACGGAGCUGCAACCGUCACCGUCAGGUUAUCGCGGUCAAGAUGAGGCCCCGGGACCACCGUCAGGCUCAUUCAAAUAUACGAACCAUGGCCACGUGUCCGAGGUUGCCAAUUACAAGGGCACCACAACGUAUCCUCAAGAGGGCUACAACCUCAAGACAACGUCUCGUCCGAUCCCUACUAGCGAAUACUAUCGGCGAAGAAACGACAAUUCAAGAAGGUCCGCGGAAAACGACAUCGAUAACGAGAAUCUCAAGAAGGCCUCGAAUACCGGUUACAACGAUGGCUACAAGAAGAAUACUCCAGGCUAUAAAAACGACAGCGGAUACAGCGAAAGCAUCGGAUUCGACAGCUUUAGUCUCCCUAUCAACGAGAGGGACGAAUCUUCGCCACCGCCAACGCCACCGGUUAGAGAUGCAUCGAGCCUCAAAAGUGUCUGCUAUGGUCCAGGACACGAAAAAUAUCCAUCCUGGCCAAGUGCACCAGAACGACAUACCGAAGAAGAAAUUUCCAAUUCUCACACUGGAUCACAUCGUUCGAAAUCGUGGACCGAUCACACAAAUUACCCUAAGGAAAAGCCAGCACAAUAUACAAGACCCCAUAACAAAAGGCCAAAUCCCACAUUCACGCAACAGCUGAAAACUGUGAUGGAACGUUGCGAGAAAAUUCCAGCUGAAACAUUUGAAUCGAGGAACAGAAGUAAUAAUUCGGAUGAUGAGCCAAGAUUGUGGCCUCGUGUUGAUCGAGAAGGCAAACCCUUGGGCGAUUCUGAAUAUGUUGUCCCAUCGCCGCCUGAAAGAGAGCAAGCACCAUCACAAACUCUCAGUCACGCUGAUUUAGAAGCCUAUGUCAGAAGCUAUCAAGAUCCUCAAACGCCUCAGGUGGAUAUUUACCGUGAAACAACCUUGACGCAAGCAGGUUUAGAGGAAUACACACGAGUACAACAUUCUCAACAAGCCAGCUACGCACAAUCCGAAGGUUACCACAGUUAUGUUUCGAGUGUCGAUUCCACGACCAAUACACCAUUUCUCGAUAGAUUACGAAGGGACAGCGAGGCAGUGGCUCAACGUCCAACACCAAAUUGGGAAGAAGGCUCGCGAGAAGGAAGAGACAGUGUUGUAACAACCUCAAGUGGAAGUGCUUCCAGCAGUGAGACUCUUAAAUGGCAUGGGUCCAUGUCGGAUGUAAGUGUUUCCAGUGGGAUGCCAUCGCGACAAGUGAAUUCCGACAGAUGGCAUCAUGGUUCCAUGUCGGAUGUAAGUAGCGUAAACGGUGGAAUACCCAGUCAACAAUCAAAUCACGUUCAUGAAAAAUGGCAGGGUUCAAUAAGCGAUGUCAGCACUAUUGAUGUUGUAACACCAACAAAAAUGAGGCACAACGAAAAAUGGAUGAACGAUCGUAAUAAACAAACGGGCAGAACAAGCUUACCACCCGUCAUUGGUCAUUGUCUAUCAAGUCUUGAUGUUUGUCAAACAAAUUCAAAUCACGAGGGUAAAUGGCAAGAAUCAAAUAUUGAUGACGAUUGUCGUGUUGAAAGAUCGAAAAGUCUACAAUGGGAUCAAUCGGAAAAAUUUCAAGCCUAUCAAGUCUCUAGAUCUCAAGGAUCAAUGCAAAGUAGUCAGGAUUGGAAUCCCCUUCAUGGCUCCAUGUCGGAUGUGAGCCUCGUUAAUGGAGUACAGGGCAGUAAACAAUUAAUAGCACACAGCGCACGAGUUCAAACACCUCAAAGACAUCAUUCCGAAAGUGUCCUCUAUCUCGAUCGUGAACGAACUCAAAGGAAAUUAUACCCCGUAAAUACCACUGAUAUGUCACCAACUUCGAGAAUCACACCAACAUCACCACAACAACAAUUGUCGGUCGCCGAACGAAUCAGUGAAUUGGAGAAGCAACAACAUCAACAACAAAUGCGUUACACGUAUUUGGAUCCCGAGAAACGUCAUCGUGUCUCUGAUCCAACGCUUAAAGCAAUUCAGAAAAAAGCACUAUUAUCCUUUUACGAAAGGCAUCAUCAAACAUCAUCCUCUUGGCGUUCCGAACCACAACUCACUCAGGAAUCACUCACUGUUCCACCACCUCAACCACCGCCUAGACCAAGGCCCCCUUCAUCAAGACGCGCAAGUUCCGCGUCCGAUUACGCCAGUGGCAAUUGGCGAGAGAAAAUCAAUUCUCAAACUAUAAACGAUACACCAACUCCAAAACAUCAACACAGUAAUAGCUGUGGCAGUCUCUCAACGAAUCUCCUCGGUCCAUUAAUUGUCGGUCCUGCAAUUUCAAUCGACGACUGGGUACCUGAACGACCACCGAAAAAACCUCAUUUAAGAAAUGUUUACAAUGAACGCCUACCGAGUCCCGAUUUACCACCACCGUCACCGCCAACAAUUACUGAAAACGAAGUCAUUUGCGAUGAUCCCCUACCACCACCACCGCCCGAACUAAGCGACGAUUCCGAUUCAAAUAAUCGCAAAGAAGACGAAAAUAAUCAAAAAAACAAAAUCGAACGUCGAAAAUCCAAAUCUAAAUCCCCCCAAGACACUAGAAGCAAAAAACAAGAUAAAAAUGAUGAAUCACACGAAAAUGGAUUCACAAAUCAUAAAACAAGAUCAAGUUUAAGAUAUUCAAAGUUAAAAAAAAAAGUCGAGGAAAAAACAUCAAGACCACCUGCACAACUUCCGGAUCUUAUAACCCAAAGGUAUAACGAAAGAAUAGUACGUCAAGAAUCCGAAAGAAUGACACAAAUUAUCACAAAAAAUGGUGACAAAAUACAACAACAACAACAACCAAUGCGACCUAAUUAUUUGCCAAUUGUCGAAACGAGUAAAACCAACAAAAAUCAGGAGAAUGGUAAUUCAUUCUCAAUGAGUAGUCCUGUGAAAACAGGAUAUGAGGCCAAUUCAAAGCACUAUUCAUCAGAGGGCAAUCCUCAAAAGUAUCACGAACCACCAAAGUACGUGCCUAAUCAUCAUCAUCGUCAUGGGGAAUCGACGCAAAGGAAUUAUUAUGCCUUGCCACCAAAGUACGUGGAUCCUUCAAAACCACAACCACAGUGUCCUUCAGAGAGAUUCAACAACAACAACAACAACAACACGGGAUCAUCAAAUUCUCCACCUCCGCCAUUGGCACCUAGACAAAAUAUCCCUGGGAGAAAAUCGCUGCCACCGCCUCCUAGACCUGCGCCACCUCCACACGCUGUUCAUGGAAGCCAAUCGAAGGCAUCUUACCUGGCGUAUCGUCGGGAAAGAGGUGUACCUGACAACGAGGGCAGCUACAAAAGAACAAUGUCACCAACGGCACGAUUGGACGACUGGCCUCGUGAUCGCGAUGAUCCUGUUCUUUUGCGAGUUACACCGCAUCAUCCUCAUCAACUUCAUCAUCAUCAUCACCAUCAUCAUCAUCAUCAUAAUGAUCUCUCGAAAUCACACAGUGUCGAUGCUCUUCAUCAACGAAUAGACAAUGAUCGUACAAUUAAUCAAUCGGCCGAUGUAAUUGGCAAACUAUCGCAAGAUCUCACAAAAAAGCUACAAACCAACGAUACACGAACAACAAGAGAGAACAAUAACAAUGACAAUCUUGAGGAUCGAUAUAAUCCCGAGAAAAAGGAACGUCUUUCACCCCAGAGUAUUGAGGUUCUCAACGAUCGUAAUCGACAAUUGGAACGUGAACGAAGAAAACUUGCAGCAAAUUGUGAACCACAAGUUUUGUCAUCCGAUUUUUAUCGCGAGAGAAGUGCAACAAUUGAAAUGACCUCACAAAAUGUUGAACUUUUAAAUCGUAGAAAUGAACGUAGAUCCAAUGAGAAUUGGUCGAGAAAUUGUCAAAUCAAUGAUAUUGAUACCAGGCCCAAUGAAAAACCACCACCACCUUCUAGUUCACCACCACGAUCACCGAAUUCACAUCAAACUAGUCCAAAAUCUGGCGCCGUACCACGAAGAACUGGAAGUUGUUCAAGUUCCAGUUCAUCGUCAAGAUCAUCUGAUUUACGAAUUUCACCACCCAAUACAUUACCAUCAAGAUUCUCGCCAAAAUCACCUCUCGAUUCACCAAUAAGAAAUUGUCUUCGUCUAUCGCCAAAUGAAUUAUUCCCCAUUAGAAAAGUAUCAAGUCCAACGCAAACUGAUAAUACUGGUUUUUGUGAUAAGACAAAUUCGCCUCUCAGUUCACGAAUUAGAAGAACUGAAUAUCUUGCCAGACGAUCGUCAAGUUCAAGAUCAUUGAGAAUUCAUAAUGGUUCGACAUUAUCGUCAUCGUCGUCGAGUACAUCGUCAUCAGUGUCAAAAACAUCAUUAUCAUCCUCGUCACCAAUUCAGGAUUCAACGAAAAUAUCACCAUUAAAUUCACCCUGUGUCUCACCACAACCAGGCAUUGAGGGAUUAACAUUGGUUCAAAGAACGGAAAUUGUUUUACGUGUGAAUGCAACAACAAUUGACGCUGCCUCACAAACUGAACUCAUGGACGAUGAUUUUGAUGAACGAUUCAAAAUCAAGGAAAUUCUUCCCGAACCGAGGAAAAAGCUACCAGAGGAAAUCGAGUGCGAGGAACUCAGCAGGGAACUCGCUAGUCAACUCAGUCCGAAUGAUAAACUUGUGCCAAUUCUUGUUCCCGUACCCGAGCUGAAGAAAUCAACAGACUACGUUUCCGGUCUCUUUAGGGUGGAAGCGACAUUACAACCUCGACCGAGACGAAGGCUUUCUUUAGAAGAACCCACUUCCGGCGUUGAUAAAGAAACUGGAGACGAGAGCAAAAUUGAAUCAGCGCCCGCGACACCGAUAACAAUUGCUGAUCCUGGAAGUCCUCUUUCGCCAACUUCAUCUUACUUUACGACCUCGGAAGGAAAGACAACAUUCUUGACAAGGUAUUCACAAGAAGUGACUGAGGAUACUUUACCUAUCAAGGAUGAACCAACGACUGUUAUCAUGGACAAUGUCGAUCUCAGGCAAAAGAAGGAGGAGUUGGUGAUUAGACUGGAUAAGAAACUAGUGGUGCUGAGAGCUGAACAGGAGGCUGUCAGGGAAGAAGGUGAAUUGAAUGAGGCAUUAGGUGCUCGUGUCGCUAAACAAGUAGCGGCUGUAGCGCGUCCUGCGGAGAUUUCAAAGUAUCGACUUCACGUUGAGGAAGUUGGCAAAAUUACCAGUCUUCUUCUUGGACUCAGUGGCCGACUCGCUCGUGCGGAGAACGCCCUUCAUGGAAUGUCAGCCGACCAUGCCGAGAGAAAAGUCCUGGAGAGUAAACGAGACAAGCUGAUAGAUCAGUUGGAGGAAGCGAAGAUUCUAAAAGGCAACAUCGAUAAGCGUAGCGUAAACGUCUCGGCAAUUCUGUCAAAGUACUUGAACGACGAGGAGUUUAUCGACUACCAGCACUUUAUCAACAUGAAGGCAAAGCUGAUAAUGGACGGCAGAGAGAUUCAGGACAAGGUGAAACUAGGAGAAGAGCAGCUGGUUGCCUUGAAGGAAACGAUCGACUAAAACACAUUGAUUGAUGAAUUCAAGUCAAAAACCUCGAAACAGAAAGAAAGAGCUGGGAAAGCCAAAGGCGGCAUACCAAUGGGCCAAUCACAUGCGAUACGAGCAUUUUAAAAGGGCAUAAAAAGACUUUUUUCUAGAAACAUUUUUUUUUUUUUUUUUUCAAAGUGGCAGUAGCCACAAAGUGAUCAUUUAUUCAAGAAAAACAACGAAGUGUGCCUCAUUCCAAAAAGAGAAAAAACAUUUUUGUACCAAGACUAUUUUAUGAAGAUUUUUUACGAGUUUCAUUGAUGUGAGAGUAGUCAGUUGGCUUUUUUUUACAUAUAUAUUAGUGUCGUUUUAUAAGACGCAAAUUCUCUGCUUGCAAGGUCACGAGAGGGUUCACGAUCUCAAUUCUGAUUGUCAUGCGUUAACCCAAUGGAACCUUGAUUGCCUAGUCUUUUUUUUUUUUUAUUUUAAAUGAGUGCGUCGUCCUUAUUCAACCGGUGAGCCAUUGCGCGUCGCGUACAAACAAUUAUUCGAAAAAAAUUGAUUUAUUACAAAAAUUCUUAAUAAUUUAGAAAUGCAAAAUUCAGGAAACAAUUCAUCUAAAAUAAUCAUCUAGUCUAUAAAAUUCAAAAUUUGAAAUCGAAAAAACUUAAAUUCCACUGAAAAUAGUACGCGAUGAUAAUAAAGACCACGGCGAGAAUCGUCGAGUUGAUUGGCGAAUUUUCAUCUACACAAUAUGUGUACAAAUUAAAUAAUGUAAAUUACUUUUUUAAUUGUGAAAACUAUAUAUUAGAAUUGAUGUAAAUAAUGAAAAGUGAUUUUGAAAAAGUCGGCAGCUAUUUGGGCGCGCGGACAUUUGUUUUUUAUUUGGAAGAAUUUAUCAAGACUUACAAUUAGUAUAAUUGUAUUAUUUAUUGAAUGUAUUAAAUCAGGCAAGUGAAAUUUUUUUCGCAAUGGAAGAAAUCAAAAUUUUAAUAUAUUAUUAUUAUAUAUAUAUAUAUAAAUAUAUACAUAAUAUAGAAAUAUAAUUAUAUAGAAAUAUUAUAUGAGAGUAAUGUAUCAUUUCGAAAGCGUGUAAAAUACAAAAUUUUUUUUUUUUGUACUCUGUGCAAUUUCAGUGUUUAUACUUAUAAUUAACCUUGCCGUGGUGUUUUACUGUGAGUCAUUUUCUUUUUUUUUGUGCAAAAAAAAAAAGAAAGAUUUGAAAUUGUAUUAUAGUUAGUUAAUAAUAGCAUUUCUCAUUUUCCACGGAAUAAAAAAAAAAUGCGUUUGGUUGACUGGAAACUAUAAAUUUCUAUAACAACUAAAACAUUUACACGUGAAAUAACGAAACUCUUACACUGUACUCUUACCUGAAGAUCUCUCGCGAGAUCUUCUUGAUGCUUGUGAUUUUUAUUUACUCUACGAUAAGAAAAAACCAAGGACGCUCGACGCAAAUCUACAAUGUCAAGCCUCCCUGAUUUUUAAUUAAAAGAAAAUGAAAACAAAAAUUGUAUGCCUUAGUUCGAAAAGUUUUCUCUCUUUUUUAAAAAAUGUAUUUUUUUUUGAUUAAUUUAAAGAUUUUUCAAUUGCUUACCUCUUCGGCAAUAUUUUCUCUUCGUGCGCCAAUGACGAUGAUAAUCUUUAGCGUCGAAGAUGGAAUUUUUCAAGAUCCUCCGAAUUUUUGAGCUCAGUAAUGAGAUAUUUACUGUAGUUUCAAAACUUUUGCGAUGGAGCUACAAAAAAUAAAAGAAAAAACAUUACGAUUAAUAAAAUAAACAAAUUUUAAUUUAAAAAAUUUAAAAAAAAAAUUGCUGUUAAAUUCAUUUGACUUGUCAAUUGGCUUGUGAAAUAAUUUAACUGUUUUUUUUUAUAUAAUAUAAUUUUUAGUAGGAAUAGUCGAGUCAAAUGGAUUAACAAGCAAUGAAAAAAGUUGAGAAAAUACACUAAAGACUGAACGCAAGGCAUAUAAUUUUGCAAAUAAUAAUAGUCAGUUUUCUGUUCCUCAUUUUUUUUUUUUUCAUUUGCAAUACGAAAUUGCAAAUUUAAUAAAAUAGCUGUGUCGUGAUUUUUCCUUUUUUUUUUGUCUAAAAAUGCAAUGUAAUUUUUAUAUGUGCGAAUAUAUAUAUAUUUUUUGUUUUUAUUAAUCACGGCACUGCUAUAAUGAUUGUAAAUAUAAUAAUGAAUUAUACGAAAUACUUAUGGUGCUCCGGAUUGAAUUUUUUUUUUUUUUACGAAACAUUGAGAGAAAAAAAAAACUAGAAUCGUUUCAUUUUCAAUUAUACAAUAGGUCUUUUAAACAUAAGUACUACAUUGAUAUUUAACGUUUCUCGCUGUUUUUGUAUAUAAUAUCACUUAUAAUUCUCAUGUGAAAUCCAUAACAUUACACAAAUCAAGUCACAUUCAAUUUUUGUGACUCUAGAUUGUUUUAGUCUGACAAUAUUAUCAUGUAUUAGGAUUAUUAUCAAUCAUUACGAUAACCACAUUCUGAAAAUCGCUUGCAAUAAAUUACAUAUUGAAAAUUUA